AUGGCAACGACCCUUCACCUGGCUGUCACUCCACGACGCUGCCUGCACUUGGCACUAACCCCUGCGUUCAGCGUAUCACUCUUCGACUCACCACCGGAGGCUGAUUUCUAUAUUUCCAACAUCACCGAGUGGAGAAAAGACAUCCCUACACCCCCUGGCUCUGGACAGGACCUUUCUUUUUCUUCAGACUUCCAGGACAUGCACAGCACUGAACUCUUUGACUUCAAGGACACUGCCUCCCAGUGCAGCAUGGACAGCGCAUACCAGAGCCAGACUAGCGCAAGCCAGCGCGGAACCAAGAGACCACAGCUCUACCCCCAGGAGAGCCAGAGCACGAUGGGUGCACAGCUUGUUAGCGGCGACAUCUACUCGCCGUCAAUGAGCUCAGAUAGCUACAACGCCUUCCAGGACAUGAACCAGAUGCAACUUCCCGCUGCCUGGGACGCCCAGGAAGGAUCCAUGGGAUUUGCUAACUACUCUACUGGGCAGGACUUUCCCCUAUACUCGACGUCGACCGCCUCGCGAUUCAACCCCACGUCCGCAGUCAACAUCUGGGGUCCCGUCCAUUCGCAAUUCCAGAACGUCUCAUAUAACUUCACAUCCUACCCCACAGACUCGAAUGAGACAAUGUUCAACACAGCAGCGCCUAUUCAGCAAUGGAGCAGCGCGCGCCCUACGACCGUACGCAGCUCAUCAUCUUACACUGCACAUGGAGCAUCGCGACGUGCUUCCUCCAACGAUGUAGGGUUCAGUGCAUUUGUCGCUUCCCCAAGCACAACAAGCGUACAGCUGCCUCAAUCUGUCGAGUCUGAGCAAACACAGUCACAAUACGUUGAGCAGAGGAACGAUACCGAGGAGAGCGCCAACACCUCUCUUGCACCACAGUCCCUCAGCGGUCAGGAGGAAGUACAGUCUCCCAUUGACGCUACUGAAGCUACGCUCGAGGAAGAGCGCACAAAGGUUGCUCGUAGCCACAUUCUCUACCAGCAAGGCCCUGACAAGGACGGUAAAUACCACUGCCCAGAGGAGGGUAAGCCUGGCUGCACCCACAAGCCCACACCUCUGAAGUGCAACUACGACAAGUACGUCGAUUCGCACCUGAAGCCAUUCCGCUGCAACAAGAAGACCUGUGUCGGCGUCCAAUUCUCCUCCACCGCAUGCCUGCUCCGCCACGAGCGUGAGGCCCACGGCAUGCACGGACACGGUGCCAGGCCCCACCUCUGCCACUUCCAAGACUGUGAGCGCGCUGUGCCAGGUCACGGCUUCCCUCGCCGUUACAACCUCUUCGACCACAUGAAGCGCGUCCACCAGUUCGAAGGUCCAACCACUGAACCCUCCCCACCUACAAUGCAGGGUCACGCGCUGCGCAAGCCUGUGUCUCGUAAGCGUAAGGCAACAGAGGACAUGGUCGAGAAGCGCCAGAAGGUCAUUAAGCUCACUGCUGAGCAACAGCUGCAGCAGCGCCGCGACCAGCUCGCCCAGGACUUCGUGAGCAAGAAGCAACACAUCAUCGACUUCCUCACCAACCUCACUGGCCCUGAUGAGCUGUCCGACGAUCUGAAGCUUAGCCAAGACGUCAUGGCUCUGCACGAGAUCAGCACCAAGUUCAGAAGCAGCUACGGCGGCUGA